AUGGCGGAGAACCCCCUAUCACAGCUAGAGCAAUCAGUGUCACCACAAAAUAAUACUAGUCCCGAAACAUUCUCAUGCCGAAAGCGCCUUCGACACGAUGCCUAUACCAUCGGAUGGGUAUGCGCUCUUCCAAAAGAACAGACCGCAGCCAGAGCUAUGCUAGAUGAAGAGCACGAACCUCUUCCGACCCCUCGCAACGACCAUAACGCAUAUACUCUUGGCUCAAUAUGCGGCCACAACGUCGUCAUAGCCUGUCUCCCUAAUAUAGGAACCAACCCUGCCGCGACCGUCGCGACCUCUAUGAUAAACACGUUCCAAUCAAUCAGGUUCGGGCUGAUGGUUGGGAUUGGCGGUGGAAUUCCAUCGAAGGUCAAUCUGGGCGAUGUGGUGGUCAGCCAACCUGUUGCUGACUACCACGGGGUGGUGCAAUGGGAUAUGGGGAAGCUGGAACGGGGUGGGCAGUUCAUCCACACGGGCUCGCUGAACAGACCUCCGAACGCGCUUCUUAAUGCGUCGAAUCAGCUGAAAAGUAAUUAUGAGAUGUACGGAUCGAAGAUGAAGAAGUAUCUGGAUGACGUGGAAAGAAGAUUCCCGCGACUGGCGCCAAAAUAUACCAGGCGUGAGUGCUUGGAAGACCCAUUGUUGGUAUCACAGAAGGGACGUCGGACUUCGACCGCAUACCAUUUUCUGUCUGGUCUAUGGCAAGCGGUCAUCACAACGAUUGCAUAUCUUCUUGGCUUAUGGGCUAUCAAUCCAGUAAUUGAGGAGAAUAAGCGGCUGUCAGGGAAGGCAGAGGAAGCACGGACCCAAGGAGAAGUGAGGAUACACCAUGGCCUGAUCGCAUCCGGGAACAAAGUGAUUAAGGAUGCCCAGUCUCGAGACUCCCUCGAUAAAGCAUUUGGCGGGCACUUGUUGUGUGUCGAGAUGGAGGCAGCCGGGCUUAUGAAUGAUUUCCCAUGUAUUGUUAUCCGGGGCAUUUGCGAUUAUGCGGGGUCGGAGAAAGAAAAAAGCUGGCAAGAAUAUGCUGCAGCCGUGGCGGCUGCACAUGCAAAAGAACUUUUGGGAUGUGUGCACCCUAGUGUUGUCGAUACCGAGGAUUCAGCGAAAGCUAUGAUGGAAAAAGUCAAUAAACAGAUCGAUAAUGUACAGCGAGCGACAGUCGCCAUGAAAGCUACUACCGAUUCUAUCAAAUCUGCCCUUCGUACUCAUGAGAUUAAAGGCUGGCUUGAUCCCGCCGACCCAUCCACGAACGCCAAUCACGCGAGGGCGCUCCACCAUAAGGGAACAGGCGUGUGGCUCCUAGAGAACCCCGUCUUCCGGUUGUGGUACUUGGGAUCACGCCGACAUAUAUGGCUGCACGGGCUCGCGGGAUGUGGAAAGACCGUUCUCAGCAUAACUGUGCUUGAUCAUCUCGCAAAAGGAAACGACGGUCCUAUCCUCAAGUUUUUCUUUGACUUUAGCGACACCAAAAAGCAAACCUAUGAAAACAUGCUUCGGUCGCUUGCUUUCCAGCUUUAUUAUCAAGGCGGGGUUGACUCUGAAAUUCAUCUUGAUGCGUCAUUUCAAGCGCACCAGAAUGGCAAAGACCAACCUAAGAUAGAGGCUCUCUGGGUUAUCUUUUAUAACAUGCUCAGAGUCCAGAAGACAGUCUCUAUCGUUCUGGAUGCAUUAGAUGAAUCAACGUCAAGGGAUGAUAUUCUCAAGUGGAUUGAGGACAUAGUAUCUAGGCCAGAGUUGGCCCAUGUCCAGGUGUUCUAUACCAGUCGACCUGAGUCUAUGUUUCUACGCCGCAUUCCAGUUUUGAUAGGAGAGGAAGGUUGCCUACCACUUGAUGAGCAGGCUGUCAACUCCGAUAUCCGUUUAUGGGUUUCAGACCAACUCUCUCAGCGGCGUGAUUUUACAGAGAAAGUCUUGUCACAAGGUCUUCUUGAGGAAAUUCGGACGAAGGUUGGCGACGGGGCAGACGGAAUGUUUAGGUGGGCAUUCUGUCAAUUAGACAGCCUAGCUCGAUGUCGUCACGAGGCAGCUAUAGAGGAGGCUCUCGUAUCUUUACCUAAGAGCCUGAAUGAGACAUACGAGCGCAUGAUGAAGAGUAUACCAGUGGAGCGAAAAAUGGACUCAAUACGCCUGCUACAAUUUUUAGUACACGCUAAGCGACCUCUCACGUUAGCAGAGGCUAAAGAGGUAAUAGCGACGCAGAUCCAAAACGAGUCGAGAGGGUUUGACAUCAAGUGUCGGUUGUUCUGCGAAACUGAUCUCUUGGAUUACUGUCCCGGCUUAGCGAUAAUCGUUCACGCCACAGAUAAAGAGUUACAUCUUGCCCAUUUUUCCGUCAAAGAGUACCUUCUCAGAGACGACGAUUUCAAAAUCAUGACUGCCAGUAUUUAUAUCACGCAGACGUGCUUGACUUAUCUUGCAGACAUCAAAGGAAGUCACCAAGAGAUCAAGAGGCGUUUUCCGAUGGCAAGAUAUGCGGCCGAGUUCUGGGCAAGCUAUGCUGUGUUGGCUCGGGAUUCUGAGGAUAUCGUCCAAAAGACUGUCAAGUUCCUUGAAGAGGAAGAGACAUUCCAACGAUGGAGUCGUUUAUAUCAGGCUGAUAGGUAUUGGGAAGAUGACCCUGGUCCUCCGCGAGCUUCCAAACUCUACUAUGCUUGCCUCAAUGGGCUCUUGGCGCCUGCAGGGCAUCUUAUUAGCAAUGGAGAAGACGUCAACGCGCAGGGUGGCGAAUACGGCAGUGCUCUCCAGGCCGCCUCGGUCAAAGGCUAUGACGAGAUUGUCAAAGUGCUCUUGGAUAAAGGGGUGGACGUAAACGCACAAAGCGGCGAAUACGGUAAUGCUCUUCAGGUCGCCUCGUUACAUGGCCAUCACGAGAUUGUCAAAGAACUCUUGGAUAAAGGAGCGGACGUGAACGCGCAGGGCGGCAAUUACGGUAAUGCUCUCCAGGCCGCCUCAUCAAAUGGCCACCACGAGCUUGUCAAAGAACUCUUGGAUAAAGGAACGGAUGUCAACGUACAGGGUGGCUAUUACGGCAAUGCUCUCCAGGCCGCCUCGUCAAAUGGCCACUACGAGAUUGUCAAAGAACUCUUGGAUAACGGAACGGAUGUCAACGUACAGGGUGGCUAUUACGGUAAUGCUCUCCAGGCCGCCUCGUCAAAUGGCCACUACGAGAUUGUCAAAGAACUCUUGGAUGAAGGAGCAGACGUGAACGCGCAGGGCGGCAGUUACAGAAGUGCCCUUAGGGCCGCCUCAUUACAUGGCAAUCACGAGAUUGUCAAACUGCUCUUGGAUAAAGAAGCAGACGUCAAUAUGCGGGACCACGAUAACAGCAAUGCUCUCCAGGCCGCAUCGUUAAGUGGCCAUCACGAGAUUGUCAAAAUACUCCUAGAUAAAGGAGCGGAUGUAAACGCGCAGGGCGGCGAGCACGGUAAUGCUCUCCAGGCCGCCUCGUUUUAUGGCCAUCACGAGAUUGCCAAAGAACUCUUAGUCAAAGCAGCGGACGUCAAUGUACAGGGCGGCUAUCACGGUAAUGCUCUCCAGGCCGCCUCGUCAAAUGGCCAUCACGAGAUUGUUCAAGUACUCUUGGAUAAAGGAGCGGACGUAAACGCGCAGGGCGGCGAAUACGGUAAUGCUCUCCAGGCCGCCUCGUUACAUGGCUAUCACGAGAUUGUCAAACUGCUCUUGGAUAGAGGAGCGGACGUCAAUAUUCAGGACCACGAUAAGGGCAAUGCUCUCCAGGCCGCAUCGUGCAAUGACCAUCAGGAGAUUGUUAUAGGUUCAUUAGCUAGUAUCUGCUUUCAGGACGGACUACCCUUAUGA